GGAGGUUAAGGGGUUGGACUCACACCGUUUGUUUCUCUCCCUUACCACGCUGUUUACUUAUGCCUCCCAGGGCCAUUCGCAAAGCGGGCCCUUCCGCGCAAUCCUCCGCGUUAGGGGGCAUCAGUUCAAGGUCCAGAGUUCAUCCCAGAAGCUUGUCAUUCAAGACUUGCUGUGGUUGUGAUUUUUUUCUUAUUGGGCAGAGAAAAGGGGGCUAGGCAGUGGAUAAGCCAGUGAGAUUGUAUGUAAGAGAUUCUCGUCAACCCUUCCCCCCCCCCACCACAAAGAAAUCUGGAGACACAGUUAAAGGGCGGAGUCCGGUCGCAAAUUUGGAGAAGUUGCAGUUUUGCUCGCUGCACCGGCAAACGGCGCAGCAAAGUCCAGCCAUGGCUUCGAACCCCAUUCUUAGGGAAAUAAACCAGUUUUUUGAGAGCGUUAAAGAAAAAAAACCCGAGGAGCUGUUGAUCACCUUCAAGGGGGUGCUUUACCCUGGCGGGUUAUGUUCCGCUGAGAACUUCCAAGCCUUGGAACGGAUGGAAUUCAGAAAAGAUGAUGUGAUCCUAGUCGCCUAUCCUAAAUGUGGAACUAACUGGGUUCGACAAAUUUUAAAUGACCUGACAUCUGCAACUUCAAAGAAAAAGGAGGAGGCAUCACCAAUAGAGCUUGUACAAAUGCUUGAAUUUGGAGCACCAGACAAAUUUCAGAAAAUAAAAAAUUCAUCCUCGCCACGUGUUUUUAUCACACAUCUCCAUUAUGAUAAUAUCCCCAAGGCUGUUUUUGACAUUAAAGCAAAGAUAGUGGUGAUAUUUCGAAAUCCAAAAGAUGCAGCGGUAUCAUAUUACCACUUCUACAACAACAAUCCUGGGCUUCCAACUAUCAGCUCCUGGGAUGAGUUCUUUCAGAAGUUCAUGAGUGGAGAAGUCUGCUGGAGCUCGUAUUUUGACCAUGCUCUUGCCUGGAACAAACAUAUGGAUGAAGAGAAUAUAAUGAUAAUAACAUAUGAAGACAUGAAAGAGAACUUAUAUGGAGGAGUGAAACAAAUAGCUGAUUUUUUGGGAUUUUGUCUCCCUGAGGAAAAGAUUCAGACUAUUGCAGAGAAUGCAACCUUCGAAUCCAUGAGCAACAAAUCCCAAGAAACACAUGGCAAAUUUGCUCCCGUCCUCUUCAGAAAAGUGCUCUUUUUCAGGUACUGUUAAAGAUUGGAAGAAUCUGUUCACUGAAGCUCAGAGCCAAGAAAUGGAUGCCAAAUUUGAAGAAUGUUUAGCAGGAACGAAGCUGGGAGAAAAGAUAAAAUAUGAUAAAUACUGCAAAUACUAAAUCUUUGAAUGUCAGUAUGGCUUACCAUUUGCUCAGAAACAUAAUCUAUUUUACUAGGUUUUUGUCUGAGAAUGCAGAAAUUAAGAUAGUUAGACUUUCAUAAAAGUAUUUGAAGAUAAGAGAUAAAGAGAACCUAAACAUGAGACGCUUAAAAUUUAAAAAAAAACUUGUUUAAUUUUUUUUCAGUUACAGACUAACACGGCUACCCCUCGGAAACUUCUGAGACAGUAAAUAAGGCUAGUGGGAUGUCCAUCUAUAACUAACUGAUACUUAGACUCUCCUGUGCAUUCUGGAACAUGAAGCAAGCCAUUUUUCCUAUUGCUGCCUGUGCAGACAAGAUGUUUAACUCAAUUGUAAAUUGUCAUCUUAGUGGCGGCAAGAACAAUUUUUGCAAUUGUUCUGCAGUUGAUCAUUCUUUAUCCUCCAGGCCUUCUCUUCUCUCCAGAUGGAAUCCAAUUUAAGAUAUACCUUGUGCUUUUGCUGUGACAUAGCCAAACCACCAUAGUCCUCUCUGUCUAACUGAGUCCACAGUCUGCUGACUUGUGCAAUGCAACACGUCCACAUUGAAGAUAUCUUGUAAUCAGUGAGUUUUUUUUAAAUUCUUCUCAAACAAAGCAUCUUUCUGUUUGUGUACUUCCAACAUCUGCCACAUUUCAGAUGCGUACAGUAGUGUUGGUAGGGUAAUAGUGUUGUAUAAUCUUUUUAUUUUUCCAAGUGUUUGACAAGUGAGAAAUUUAUCAACUUGCUUUGCCAAUUUUUCCUUCAGCUCUUUAGUAAAAGCAACAGAGUCAUUAACAUUCAAGUUGUUCUCCAUCAAACACAUCUGCCAUUGUUCACCAUUCUUUCCUAACUAAUCUUGGACUUCUACAUACAGAUACGAAGUCCUACUUAGGUAGCUUCUGCUUUUAUGCCCAUAACAAAUCUUUUUCAUCCAUGUUGGUAUCCAGUAUGAUUGUCACCUGUAAAAUCUAGUUUCUCCAGCAUCAGCGGCAACCAUCACUCUUCUCAUCACAGAAGGGAAGUGGGGAUACUAAGCAACCUUGCUUUACAUUAACCAUAAAAUUCUUGCACCAUUUCAUGUCUUUGCUAAUCUGAUCAAAUCUUUGUCUGCCAAGUCAGCAGACGGAAUCAGGACACAAUCUUCUGGAAUAUCAAAGUACUUCUCUGUUGACACUAUUAAAUCCUUUCAUAAAAUCAAUGCAAUUUGAAAGUGUUGGCAUUCUAAACCUUUCUCAGUCAAUCUUCUCAAAGUGAAAAUCUGGUCUAAACAUAAUUUAUCUGAUUGAAAUCCAACCUGGUCUUCCCUGAAUACUUUCUCAACAACCAUUCAUCUGAUUAAAAAUGAUAUUGCAAAACACUUUUUCAGGUACCGCUAAGAGUGUCACUCAUCCUGCAACAAAAAAACUUUAAAAAAACAGACUUCAAAGAGAAACUGCAGAGCUAUAAUUCAUUUGCAAAUUUGACACUAUCAAUUUAGGAUUAAACAAAGCCUGUGAAUGGCUAGCCAAGUGCAAAGAAGUUUCUCCUCUCUUGGUGUUCACUCCUCCACAUCAGAUGCUAGAAGUGGGCCACAUCCUCCCUGAUCUACUAUUUCUUCAUAUCUUUCAGGGUAUGUUCAUAGUUCCAGCUAGCUGCACAUAGCUUGAACAUAUUCCAUCUAAGAGGCAACUUGUUUCUCUGAGAUUAAAAUCCUAGCAUCUCAUGUCUUCGCAAUAUGACAGCAGUUUGAGAAUUGGUCUCUGUUCCAGAUCCGAAUGUUCUGAAAGUCCACAGUUAUGGAACUCCCCUAGGUUUCCGUUUGGACUCAUUUUUCAUCUUCAUUAGAUCAGUGGUCUUCUACACAUCCUGUAUUUUCUGAGGCCUUGUAUGAUCUUGUAGAGUCCAUUGAUUUGAUGGUAAAAGAUCUUAGCCAAAAGUUGACAGGAGGCGGCAUCAAGGGUUCUGUACUAGAUCCGGUAAUGUUUAAUAUAAUUAUUUAAAGGUCAGGAAAGAUUAAUGAAGUAGCAACAUUUGCAAAUUGCUAAAUUACCGUAUUUUCCGGCGUAUAGGGCGACUGGGUGUAUAAGACGACCCCCUAUCUUUUUAAUUAAAAGAUAGGGUUUCAUCUU